AUGCAGCUUCUUAAGGAUGCAGGGGUGACAUCCUACGAGCCUAGGGUGGUGAGCCACCUGGUGGAUCGGAUGCGCAGAUAUACGCGCGAGGUGUUGAUUGAUGCGAGGGACUACGCUGACCACGCCGGGAGAACCGACCUCGGCAUGCAGGACGUGCGAUUAGCCGUGCGCAAGAAGCAGGAUGCGUUAUCCGCCGGCCCUCCCUCACGAGAGGACCAAAUACGACAGGCCGACGAGGUCAACCGGAUACCGUUGCCGGUAAUCCCCGACAAGUUCGGGGUGCGAUUGCCGCCCUUCCAAUACCAAAACACGCUCCCCAACCUGCAGUGGGAAGCACACGCAGAACCGCCAGUCCACGAUGAAGCGGGCGAGAUGGACGUGGACCCAGAGCAAGCUCCGUCCCCGCUUAGCGGCAACCGCAACAAGAAGGCCAAGACUACCCCGGGGCUGGAAACGAAGAAACCCCUUACUCUGAAAGAAAAGAAGGAGCAGGAGGAGGCCAACAGGGCUAAGGCUGAAGCGAAGGCCGCGCGGAGACGACUGCAGGCGCAAAACGCGAAGAGGGGUUGAGUUACGUUUUGCCGUUGUACGGCAGGUGUCGUGGCGCAAGCCGGUUGUGAGGGCCCGACCUCCGCCAAUCCGGCGAAUGGAUGAAUGUGGUAGGAUGGGGUGUACGAAGGAUGUUGAGGAUCAUGGCCGGAGUGUGGAGUGCUGUAGUGUUUGCGUAUUUUCGU